GACAGUAAACAUGGGAACUGGGAUGAGCUGGUUUCAUUUAGCAGCGGAGGAGUUUGCUGCCAGUUCGGCUCCGGGGGGCUGAGCUGCCGUGAACGCGAAAGGCGGGGAUGAAUGAGGAGCGGUACAAAAGUCUGCGAGGAGUGGUUGUGAUCCAGCAGGUCUGAGUUGGCCCUUGGUCCAGCUGGGUCCUGGACUGGUUUCAGUGAUGGCAGACCAUCCACCUCCUGCUCUGCUGGAAGCCUGCGUGGUCGUGGGAGCAUCUAUGGACAAACUCAGAGAGGUCUACCAGGCUAUUUACGAUAAUGGAAGUCCAGAACGCCUUCUGUUGGAGCCGGAGGUACUGCAUGUCCUGGUACCCCCCUUUAUUAAUAGACCGCAAAAUGAGAGUGAAGUGGUGAGGUCACAGGGGAAGAGGCGGCGCUCCUUUAUCAGGAAGAAGAGGGAACAACCUCCUUCAGCUGCUGCAACCCUGAGCCAAGAUGGAGGAGCAGAGGGAAGAGGAGGAAGUGAGGAUGUCAGUGUUCCAAAAGACAUUGAUCUCAUGGCGUUACCUCAGCUCUGCUUCCCUGGUGGGCUCCAAGUAACCAAUGAACAGAGAGAUGAACAGUUUCACUUCCUGGUUUUCACUGAUGUCUUUGGCAACAAGACCCACGGAGUAGUACUUCAGUGUUACCGCCCAAUACUGGAAGGGACGUCUUUCUUCCACAAUGGAGCUGGGCCCUCUAAGUUUUCUAAACUUUUCUCUGCCUUUGGUUUCUGUGUUAUAUCCAAGUAUCCUUACUUCACUGCACUCAGAGACUGUCUGUCAUGUCUGUUGAUCCAGCUGAGAACUUGCCGUUUAUCAGACAUGGAGGAGAGAGUGAAGGAGUUUGCAGCCAAAUUGACACUUGUGCCUAUUCCACCUCCUGGACAACUACAUUUGAUGUUUACUUUGCGUCCUCUGACCAUUGUAGUACCAUCCAGAGAAGACAAAGACCACCCAGCUAUAGAUUUAGACCUCCAUCUGCCUUUCCUCUGCUUCAGGCCACAGCAACUACUGCAGGUGAUAUCUUGUCUCCUGCAGGAACAGCGGGUGGUGUUAUUUUCUGCUGACUGGGCCAGACUCACGCUGGUGGCAGAGAGUUUGUUGCUUUUUCUGCAUCCUCUGUCAUGGCAGCAGCCUUAUGUUCCUGUCCUGGCCCGAGGCAUGCUUGACUUUCUCAUGGCUCCGACUGCCUUCCUUAUGGGCUGCCAUGUCAGCCAUUUUGAAGAGGUUGCAGCUGAAACAGAUGAUCUUAUCUUAAUCAACAUUGAUAAUGGAAGCGUCUCCUCUUCUUGUUCUGAUACCAUCGACCUUCCACACAUACCUCCAGCUGCUGCAGACUGCUUCACACAGAGGUGUCAGUCUUUGCAGAUGCAUUUUGACUUGGAUCAGUGCCACCAUGCAAGCUGCACCGACAUCAACCAUCAGCGGGCACAAAGAAGAGCGUGGCAACACAACCUCAACCAUGAUGUCCAGAGGAUCACGUUGGAAUUGAUUGUCAACAUAUUCAGGGAUGUUAGUAGUCACCUUAACUAUGAACAUCGAGUGUUUAACAGUGAAGAGUUCCUGAAAACCAGAGAGCCAGCUGAACAACUGUUUUACAAAAAGGUGUUGGAGACACACAUCUUCCAUUCUUUCCUCAAGGAUCGUCUCAACAGGAAAAUGGACAAUUAUGCUCGCAUGGAGCUCAGCACUCGUUCUGAGAUGCAGAAGAUGAAGGCUAUGGUUGAAGUCCCGCGCAGACCCACCAUGCAGGAGAUUCAAGCACGGAGAAAGAGCUCCCUCACAGAGACCAGGCUGAAUAAAAGACUGGGGAUGAGCCUUCCUAACCUGGGAGAUGACCAAACCAUCAGCUUCCAAAGAAACACACUGGUGACGCGGAUCAUCAUGUCUGAAUCUGCUCUAAGAACUCCUCCUAAGCCUGUAAAGGUGUUUAAACUCCCAGACUUCCCAGCGUCUCUGUCCUUCCACUCAGUCCAAAGUUAUUACAGUGAGCUCAUCCAGCAACUUGGCAAGGCUAUCUUCUCUGUCCAAAACGAGAACUCCACUCUGCUGGCCAGAUUCUACUAUUUGCGUGGUUUGAUCAACACCUUGUGUUCACGGCGGCUGGAUGCUCUCAGUGAUUUCCAGAACCUCUACAAGACGGACACUGCCAUCUUCCCAGCACAGCUGGUCACAUGGCUUGUGGAGUCGCUGCACUGGGACGAGAGACAGCAAGCUGACAGACGACCUGAACUCAAGAGACUCAUCCUCAAGGUGAAGACAGAGAACGAGAAGCUGGUGGUGCAGCCCGAUGACCACGUUAAGAAGUUCGAGCUUCCUCGAAAACAUUUGCAUCAGGACGAGUUUGUGCGAUGCGUCCAAGAAUGUGGGAUUGUUAAGGAUGUAGCGACCAUACAUCGUUUAUUUGAUGCCCUCACUGAUGGCCAGCCGAAGCAAGUGGACCCUGAACUCUUCAGAGUUUUCUACACCUUCUGGAAGGAGACAGAGGCUGAGGCACAAGAUGUCAACCUGCCUACUGACGUCAUUGACCACCUUGACAAUAGUGAGUGUGUCUACAAGUUGUCAUCCUGCGUCAAGACCUCCCAUGGCGUUGGUAAAAUCGCCAUGACGCAGAAACGUCUGUUCUUGCUUACCGAGGGACGACCGGGCUAUGUGGAAAUCACGAAGUUCAGAGAUAUACAGGAGGUGAAGAUUGCCUCAGCUCCCUUUUUACUCGUUCGCAUUCCUUCCCUUCGUAUCCAGACCUCUUGUCAGCCUGAGAUGUUUGAGGCCAACCUGAAGACAGAGACUGAACUCUGGAACCUUGUGGUCAAAGAGAUGUGGGCUGGACGCAAGAUGGCCGAUCAACACAAGGACCCUCAGUACAUCACUCAGGCUUUGACUAAUGUCCUGUUAAUGGAUGCUGUCAUGGGCUGUCUGCAAACCCAGAGGUCCAUCGUUGCUGCCUCGAAGCUGGCUUACUUUGAUAAGAUUAAGCAUGAAGUGCCCAUGAUGGUGUCUAAAACUACCUCAGAGACUCUAAAACACAAGAUCAACCCUUCAGUGGACCUGGCUGAACCUCAGACUGUACAUGUGCUGCUAUACACACCAGGUCAGUUGACGUGCAAUAAUUCUGAGGGUGAGAUGAACCCGAAGUUGUGGGUGGCUCUCAGUGGGGGAAAAGUGGUUGUAUUCGAUGCAGCUAGCUGGUCCAUGUUGCAGGACUGCAUCCAGGUUGGAGAGUCGCAGCUGAACUGCAUGCUAGGAUUGGUCCAGGAGCAGGUGUGGAUUGGCUCCCAGGACUCUGUUAUCUACAUCAUUGACACUCAGAGCAUGUCCUGCAACAAACAGCUGACUGAGCACAGACAUGAAGUGACUGGCCUCACAGUGGACACCAGAGAUCAACCCAACAGUCAGCAGACAUACUCCUGCAGCUGUGAUGGGACAGUCCUGCAGUGGGACUCAGCCAGUCUCAAAGUGAAGCGACAGUUCCACCUGAGCUGUGAUCGUCUCUCCUCCAUACAGAUUCAUGAUGGCACGUUGUGGUGCUGUUGUGGUGACAGUGUUGUGGAACUGAAAAGGAGCGGGACACCACAGCGAAGGAUGGCACUUCCUGACAACCUACUGAGCAUGGCCAGUAGAUUCAGCAGCUUCAUUGUCUUUCCAGAGCGAGGUCAGUUGUGGACAGGCUGUGCAGACUCAGGGGAGUUGUGUCUCUGGCACGCUAACAACAACAGACAGCCAUCCAAAAGAAUCUCCCUGCCAGGCAGCUCAGGAGUGACCUGUAUGAUUCGUGUCAAGGACCAGAUCUGGGUGGGCUGUUGCAGCCAGGGCAGUGUUGGAGGUCAGUUGAGGGGUCAGGUGAUGGUGGUGGACCCAGAGAGCCACACUGUGGCGAAGGAACUGCAGGCUCAUUCAGAUAGCAUCCAGACACUCUGCUCAGCUGAGGAUCGCUAUGUGCUGAGUGGCUCAGCAUGCCGCGAUGGCAAGAUCGCCAUCUGGAAAGUUGAGUAAAGAAGAGAGAAAGAGAGAGCAGUAGAAUGGACAGAGUGAAGCAAGAGACGAGUAUGGGGAGCGGAGAGAAGAAAGGAGAUACGCAAAACAUGACUUGAGUAGAGUGAGGGUGGAGGUUAGAGUACAAAAUCAAAGAACAGCAAAGAAAAAUAUAUAGAGAUAUAGAGGAAAGUUCUUUUCUUUCACUUGGUGGAGCAUCUGUUUAAAGCGGUAUUUCAAUGGUAAUUGAUUUUUUUCUGCUGGGAGCUAAAAAAACAAAACAAAAACAAGGACACAAAAUGGUGAAAGCGGCUCUUAAAGAUGUAAUUCUAAGACUUUUAGUGUGAGUCUUUGGAACAAAAUACAGUAUACUGAAUGUAACAACAUCUGCUUUCUCUGGUCCUGGACUAGUGAAGAGCAGAUCUUUUUCUUCUUGGAAACAAACUGUCCACGCACAUGAAAUGUGAAAAAGAUUAAGUCUAUGCAUUCUGUAUGUUCCUUUUGAGAAACUUGAUUUAGUCUAGCUGUGACAGCAGUGAGAUACUGGAAUGCUACGAUGUAUUUUCAUUCACGUUUUAUUGUCAAGCACUGAUAAUAAAUUUUCAGGUAUUAUCAUGUA